GAACGAUCCCAUAUAUCCGAGGCUGCAAGUCCAUCCCUGGCCUGCAACACUCUCGUUCAUCUAUUAAUCCUGUGUGGAACUUCUUCGACUUCUGAUCGCAGCAGUGCCGAGUGGGGAAGGUGAGGCCAUCUUGAAGCACACAUUCACUUGUCUUGCUCCUGAAGUGAUUUCAAUGGCAACACCCAAGGUGUCAACAGUCAAAACCCUAGUGGAAAAGCCGGGCCUCACUCACAUACCACCAACAUACGCCUUUCAAACACGUUCUGCCUCGGAUCAGGAGAUUCCUAGUAAUGAAGCAGCCGGAGAACCCGAAGGGCCAAUUCCCAUCGUUGAUUUCUCCCUGCUGACCUCAGGAACUCCUGAUCAACGUUCCACUAUCAUACAAGACCUCAGAAACAUAUGCCAAGACUGGGGCUGCUUCAUGGUGAUCAAUCACGGGGUUGAUGAGAGCCUGUUGAACAAAAUACUAGACGGCUGCAGAGAGUUCUUCGAUCUAGAGGACAAAGAGGAGAAGAAGGAAUAUGAAGGGAAGAAAAUAUUGGACACAAUCUGUUAUGGCACAAGCACUGAUGGUCCUCCAUCCGAAGCCUUGUUCUGGAGAGAUUAUCUUAGGGUCAGGGUCCACCCGGAGUUCCACUCCCCACGCAAACCUGCAGGGUUCAGUGAAGUGUUAGCGGCAUUCAGUGAAGGCGUUCGAGGAGUGGUGAGAGAUCUACUUGGAGGAAUAUCAGAGAGCUUGGGGCUGGAAUCUUCUCAUAUAUACAGGGCUUUGGAUGUUGAAUCAAGCCUCCAGCUUUUCGUUGCAAACUUUUACCCACCUUGUCCCCAGCCCGAGCUUGCUUUAGGCUUGCCAUCUCAUACGGAUCCCGGCCUAUUAACUCUGCUCAUGCAGAAUGGGAUUAAUGGGCUCCAACUUCAACGCAAGGGCAAGUGGAUCAAUGCAAAUAUUAUUUCCGGUGCUUUCUUCGUCCAAAUUGAUGACCAUCUUGAGGUUUUUACCAAUGGGAAAUACAAGAGCGUUACACACCGAGCAGUUGUAAACAACAAAAGUACGAGGAUUUCCAUUGCUGUAGUGAAUGGACCGUCCCUGGAUACAGUUGUCAGCCCCGAACUCGAGCUGCUAGGUAAUGGAAGCCACACUGCAGCUUAUGCAGAAAUGAAAUAUAAGGACUAUCUCGAGCUUCGAUAUAAGAAGAGUCUCAACGGGAAUUCCACUCUAAAUCAUAUAAAGAUUUGACCUGAGUUGUUUGAAGGUGAUUGAUCUAUCAUACCAAAUUAUGGAGUUUGUCUUGUGACAAUAAUUAUUUUCUGGACCUUUAUAUUGACAAAGUUAUUAUGGUGAUAAUGAAGUGUGCAGUGUGGAUUUCAAUAAGGAGAUACUUAAACCAAAUGUCCAGCUUGAAUUUAUAAUAUCUAGCAUUUGAAAUA